AUGUUCGCAGCCACCUUCCUAAGAGCUUUUACUCUGUUUCUAGCUAUAUUUACUUCCAUCGCAGUAGCAGCAAACCCCUUUCUAGACUCAACCACCUGCGACAAGACAUGUCAGAACCUAGCUCUCACAUCCUCCGCCUGGAUCGCCGAGCAGCAAUCCGACCCAACUUACAGUUUUUACAAAGUCCCUUCCAACUUCUCGACUAAGCUCUCAGCGGGUGUUGUACUUAAGACUGAAGAUGCGACGAAUCUCACCAACUACGUCGUCCCUAGUGGCCUGACCAUGUCGCGCAUUAUCUACACAACUGAAGACAUCAACGGAGGUGUUGUACCAGCUUCUGCUUAUGUACUCUGGCCAUAUACCUCCCUCACAGGAGUGAACCCCGGGUUACCUAUGGUCGCGUGGGCUCAUGGUACAACGGGAACCUUCAAGCCUUGCGCCCCGAGCAGCUACAGGGCUCUCCAGUACCAUUUCCAAGUCCCGUUUGCGCUGGCACUCCAGGGCAUUGCAGUCGUUGCACCCGACUACGCGGGCCUGGGUGUGAGCGAGUUGCCCAACGGAGAUACUGUUCCUCAUCCUUGGGUGGCAGCGCCAGCGCACGCGAAUGAUCUCGCUUUUGCUGUUACUGCAGCCAGAUCAGUGUUUCCAGGCCUUUUGAGUCCGCAGGGUCCUUUCGUUGCGCUGGGUCACUCUCAGGGCGGUGGUGCAGCUUGGGCUUUCGCAGAACGACAGGCCAAGAAGCCCCUCAAAGGCUACAAAGGCACCGUCUCCAUCGCCCCCGUCACUCGAAUCUUGGAUGACUUCUCCUACUGGACCGAGAACAAGAUCGCAUCGCCUGGCCUAAUCGCCCAGACCGCCGUAGUCGACUCCAUUUCUAAGCUCUACCCUAACUACAACUACACUGGUUUGACAGCCACAGGCUACGAUCGCUGGCAUAAUGUCCUGGCCAAGGUCGAAGGGUGUUUCCCUGUAUUGGCUCUGGUAACAUCUGGUCUCCAAGUUGUGAAGCAAGGAUGGUACAAAGAUGCGACGGCGAAGAAGUGGGCUGAUAGAGUCGCCGUGGGACGAAAGGCAUUCGCCGGGCCGCUGCUUGUUCUCAACGGCGCAGAUGACCAUGUUGUUCGCCCGGAGGGUAUUGAACAGGCUGUUAAAGAUACCUGUGGCUUUGCAAAGGACUCUAGUUUGGAGCAUGUUGUGUAUUCUGCUAUGGAUCAUUUCUCAGCAAUUCAGGCAGGUCAGCUGAAGUGGAUGGGCUGGAUUAAAGAUCGGCUUUCUGGUAAGGUUGUUGGGAAGAAGGGCUGUUCUUCUGAGGUUAUACAGGGGCUGAGGACGGAGUCUACUGUUUCUUCUCUGGGACCUAACUUCUUUUUGUCUUUCUUUGGUCCGCAGGAGGGUUGGAAGUAUAGCCUUUAG